AUGGCUCCUAUGUGCUACUUCAGGAGCAUUUCUAAUUCCUCAAAGCAAGCUAUUGUCGUCUUAAUUGCCUUACUACUUGUAAGAGUAUGUUGUGACGAUCACCGACGAGAAAAAGUGGGCAACAAUUGCUUAGAAACUGAAAGGAGAGCUUUGCUUGCCAUCAAAUCUGACAUGUAUGAUUCUGCCGAUUGGUUAUCUUCUUGGAUCGGCCAUGACUGUUGCAAGUGGAGAGGAGUCGCUUGUGAAAGUUCUAACGGUCAUGUCACUAGUCUUGACCUGCACUACCCCUAUGAAUAUGAUCCACUGGAGGAAAUUAUCGGCGUGAGCAAGGUAAACACUUUUUUGGCUGAAUUGAAGUACUUAAAAUACUUGGAUUUGAGCUUGAACAACUUCUCUGCCCCUGUGCCAAACAUGAUUGUCUCACUUGUGCACUUGGAAUAUCUCAACCUGUCAAAUGCUUUGUUUAUCGGAUCAGUUCCUCCACAACUUGGGAACCUUUCCCAACUCCAUUCCCUUGACCUUGGAUGUUGCAAUUCGUAUUCGGUACUAAGCUCAGAUGAUCUGAGUUGGCUCUCCCACAUAACUUCUUUGAAAUAUCUCGACAUGAGUUGUGUGAAUCUCUAUAGAGCAAGCUCUUGGCUCCACCAAAUUAAUUUGGUUCCUACUCUACAAGUGUUACUUUUGAAGUCUGCAAUGCUCCCGCCUGUUCCGUCUCCUUUGCCCGCCUUCAACCUCACAUCCAUCGUCGUGUUCGAUCUCUUUCAAUAUGAAUGGAACAUCAGUGAUUCAAUGAUGAGGUGGUUGUCUAAUGCUAGCAACCUAGAACAACUUGAUUUAUCUCGGCGCGGCCUUGGUACUCUUGAUUUCAUGGGGCUACAAGUUGCUUUGGGAGCUCUACAUAAUUUGAGGAAGCUAGUUUUGUUUGAUAAUAAGUUACAAGGAGAAAUUUCUAUAAUAAUGAAGAACGUUAGCAAGAUGUUGCAACAUCUAGAUUUGAGCUGGAAUUCAUUAUCCGGAGAAAUUUCAACAAUGUUUUGGAGCCUUCCGCGCCAAUUGGAGUUCUUAUCAUUAGAAAUGAAUGACAUAUAUGGAAGAUUUCCGCAGAUGUUAGGGAAUUGCACGAGAUUGAGACACUUGAGUAUGAGAAACACUCAAAUAACAGGAGAUAUUCCAAGAAAAGUAGGGGAACUUGUCCAUUUGGAGUAUCUUGAUUUGUCUCAAAACCAUAUAACAGGAGAGAUACCAUUGAACCUCGGAAACCUUACAAAUUUGGUAGUUCUAUAUUUGAGGGGGAACGAUAUCAAUGGAUCAAUACCUGAGAGUUUUGGUAAUUUUGUUCACUUGGAGGAAUUGGAUAUCUCUGAAAAUAAUAUUUCUGGUGAAAUACCAAAAAGUUUCGGAGAACUUCAAAAUUUGUUGGUUCUAGAUUUACAUGCCAACUCUAUCAAUGGGCAAAUACCGAAAAUGAUUGGUAGAAUUCCCACCUUGUGGUAUUUGGAUGCAUCGGAGAACCAUUUAAUAGGAGAAAUACCGAAGACUUUUGGUGGCCUAUGUAACAUAAGCACACUACAUUUGUCGAUAAAUGAUCUAAAUGGAGAGUUAACAGAUCUACUUGAUGGCUUAUCUAAUUGUCCACAAGGAGCAAUGCUAUCAUCUUUACUCAUUGCUGACAAUGAAUUGAGUGGAGUUAUUCCAUUGAACUUUGGAUUAUUGGCUCAUUUAGAGGAAUUAGACCUCUCUUCAAAUUCUAUGCAAGGCAACAUAACUGAAGCUCAUUUUUCCCGACUUAUGAAUUUGAUGCAUUUGAAUAUAUCUUUCAAUUCCUUGAAUGUAGCUCUACCGAAUGAUUGGCAUGCUUCUUUCAGUGCCUAUAUAAUUGAUAUGAGCUUUUGUCAUCUGGGAGGUAUGUUUCCUUCAUGGAUACGGUCCCAAACACAUUUGGAUACGCUAUAUCUUUCCGGUGUAGGACUCUCAGGAACAAUUCCACUUUGGUUCUCGAAUUUCAUUUCAGAAGUUUCACUUCAAAAUCUUGACUUGAGCUCAAAUAAUUUGAAUGGUCCGUUGCCUUCUACUCUUUCUCCAUUUACAGAUCUUUCUAAUAACUUGUUUGAAGGGCCAAUUCCAUUGACCUUAGCAAAUGCAAACUACCUUCAAAUCUUAACAUUGUCUAAUAAUCAUAUCGAUGGUAGUUUUCCGGCCUUCUUAUGCAAUUUAACUUCCUUAAUUGUCAUUGAUUUGUCCAACAACUACUUAUCAGGUAGAUUACCACAAUGCAAAAGUGUAUUCCUGUUCUUUUUGCAGUCAUUGCAUUUGAACAACAAUAGCAUCUCCGGUCGAUUUCCUUCUUUCCUGAAAACUUGUGACCGGUUGCUCACUCUUGAUCUCAGUGAGAAUAAAUUCUCUGGUGAAAUACCUACAUGGGUAGGAGAACACCUCCAAUCUUUGAAGUUCAUAAGUCUAAGGUCGAAUUUUUUCACCGGUAUCAUCCCAGAGAAUAUAGGACAUCUCACUUCUCUACAAGUUUUGGAUCUUUCUUUCAAUAGUCUUUGUGGUAGGAUACCUCCAUCUGUAGGAAAUUUUAGCUCAAUGUUUGCCAAACGAAAUUAUACCUACUCCAAUGCAUGCAACAGCAAUACUAUUCAGUGUAUGAACUCAGGUCAUCCUUUGUCACCCAAAAAAAUGAAUUCGAGUCGGUAUUCCCCCAAUGAUAAGAUGAUAAUAAAUGCAAAAGGGCUAACCAUCGAGUACACUAAGAUUCUCGCACUUGUAACAAGCAUAGACCUAUCACACAAUAAACUUUCCGGAGAGAUCCCAAAAGAGAUGAUGAAUCUCCUUGGUUUGCAAUUCCUAAGCUUGUCUGACAAUCGCUUGAAUGGUACAAUUCCAGAAAUUAUUGGUGUCUUGACAGAGUUAGAAUCUUUAGACUUGUCUAUGAACAAUUUCAUAGGAGUCAUUCCCUCAACCUUAUCUGUUCUAGACUUUCUCAGCCACUUAAAUCUCUCAUACAAUAACUUGUCGGGAAGAAUCCCAACAGGCAAUCAAUUUUCAACCUUUAACGACCCUUCAAUCUAUGUUGGUAACAAGGAUCUUUGUGGUGUGCCACUGUCAGAGUGUCCUUGUGAUGAAGCCUGUCAUCAAUCUCUAACACCACAGGUAGCAGAUGAAGACCGUGAAAAGCUUGAAACAUUACUUAAAUUUGUUUUCAUUGUGAUGGGAUUUAUAGUUGGCUUCUGGGCAUACUUUGCCAUCAUAAUACUGAAAAAGUCGAUAAGAGAUACUCUAUUCCAGAUGAUGGACAAGAUCUACGACUGGAUCUGUGUGAAGCUCUCACUCAAGUUUGCACAGUUGAAGUCCAAAUGGCAAAAAUGAGCUUGAUAAUUGAAAGAUUCACAGCAACUAGGACCUCUGCACCUUGUAUGCUACUGGCUGUAGAAAAAAAAAGAUGUCAUGAUUUGUUGAAUCAAUGUAGUUUUUGAUAACUGAUU